GAAAAACAUCCCAACUCACCAAUGACAGCAAAGCAGAUAUUGGAAGUCAUUCAGAAGGAAGGGUUAAAAGAAACAAGUGGAACCUCUCCAUUAGCCUGUCUGAAUGCAAUGCUUCACACUAACACUCGGAUAGGGGAUGGAACAUUCUUCAAAAUCCCUGGAAAGUCAGGCCUCUAUGCUCUCAAAAAAGAGGAGUCAUCAUGCCCAGCAGAUGGAACACUGGAUUUAGUCUGUGACUCUGAGCUGGAUGGCACAGAGAUGGCUGAGGCAAACGCCAACGGAGAAGAAAACGGAGUUUGUGCGAAGCAGGUACCCGAUGAAGCAUCUUCCACUCGAGAUUCAAGCCUCACGAACACAGCAGUGCAGGGCAAGCUAGUGUCUUCCUUUCAGCAGCACACCAAAAAGGCACUCAAGCAGGCUUUGAGGCAGCAGCAGAAAAGAAGAAAUGGAGUCUCAAUGAUGGUAAACAAGACUGUUCCUCGUGUUGUUUUGACACCAUUAAAGGUGUCUGAUGAGCAGUCGGAUCCGCCUUCAGGAUCCGAAUCUAAAAAUGGUGAAGCAGACAGUUCAGAUAAAGAAAUGAAACAUGGGCAAAAAUCUCCCACUGGAAAACAAACGAAUCAACACUUAAAACGAUUAAAAAAGUCUGGUUUAGGACACUUGAAAUGGACCAAAGCUGAGGACAUUGACAUAGAAACCCCAGGAUCUAUUCUUGUCAACACUAACUUGAGGGCAUUAAUAAAUAAACAUACGUUUGCUUCCUUACCUCAGCAUUUUCAGCAAUACCUCCUGCUUUUGCUUCCAGAAGUGGAUAGGCAGAUGGGAAGUGAUGGAAUUUUACGCCUCAGUACUUCAGCUCUAAAUAAUGAAUUCUUUGCAUAUGCAGCACAAGGAUGGAAACAGCGACUGGCAGAAGGAGAAUUUACCCCAGAAAUGCAAUUACGAAUACGGCAAGAAAUUGAGAAGGAAAAGAAAACAGAACCUUGGAAAGAAAAAUUCUUUGAGAGAUUUUAUGGAGAAAAGUUGGGCAUGUCAAGAGAGGAGUCUAUGAAGCUUACUUCUGGACCAAACAAUAAUGGAGCUGAAGGUAGUUCUUCACGUGGGACCGCUGGUCUUCAGGGUUCUUCUGCACAGACCCCCUUGGAAGAACAACAGCCCAAAAGCAUGCAAAGUUCUGCUUCUUCACAACCUGAUCUCUGUGCUACAGUGUGUCCAAUGGUCGAAGUUCCAGCUAAAGACGUAAUGACAGAUUUGGAAUCAGAGGAUAUUUUGAUCCCCGAGGAAGCUGUGAUUCAGGAGGAAAUUGCAGAAGAAGUAGAGACUAGUAUCUGUGACUGCCACGAUGAAAAUCACAAGACAAUACAUGAAUUUUCAGAGGAGUGUGAAAGUCCAACCACCUCUCAGGAAGAGCCCCUAAUAGCACCUCCUGAUGGCAACGUAGAAUCCUGUGUUGUGAUGAAUGAUGUUUUAGAAACUUUGCCUCAUAUUGAAGUUAAGAUAGAAGAGAAAUCAGAAUCUCUGCAGGAAGAAAUGUCAGUUGUUAUUGAUCAAUUAGAAGUCUGUGAUUCUCUUGUUCCUUCCACUUCAUCUGUGACUCAUGUCAGUGACGCAGAACUUAAGGAACCAGAAAUUGCAAUAGAGACCAAUACUCCAAAAAUAAAAACAGGGUCAUCAUCUUUAGAAGGCCAAUUUCCACAUGAAGGAAUUGCUGUAGAUAUGGAGCUACAGAGUGAUCCUGAUGAACAGCUUUCAGAAAAUGCUUGCAUCUCUGAAACUUCUUUCUCUUCUGAGAGCCCAGAGGGAGCCUGCACCAGCCUGCCAUCCCCAGGAGGAGAAACCCAAUCCACAUCUGAAGAAUCAUGUACUCCAGCCUCCCUUGAAACGACAUUUUGUUCUGAGGUUUCCAGCACUGAAAAUACAGACAAAUAUAAUCAGAGGAAUCCGACUGAUGAAAACCUCCAUACAUCUUUGAUAUCGGAAAUAUCUCCAAUAUCCACUUCACCUGAAAUAUCAGAAGCAUCUCUUAUGUCUAACUUACCAUUGCCAUCUGAAGCAUCGCCAGUAUCCAAUGUACCUUUAACAUCAGAAGCAUCACCGAUGUCUGAUUUACCUUUGACAUCAGAAACUUCUUCAGUGUCUUCCAUGCUUCUCACCUCUGAGACCACUUUUGUAUCCAGUUUGCCACUUCCUGCAGAAACAUCUCCGAUUUCUAAUUCUUCCAUGAGUGAAAGAAUGGUGCAUCAACAAAGAAAGUCACCUUCAGUAUCUGAAGAAGCACUCUCCCCACAGAAAGAUGAACCCUCUGCUCCUGCUAAACCCCUGGGAGAAAACCUCAUCUCUCAGCAGAAGCCUCUAUCCAAUACUCCUGAACCCAUCAAAAUGGGUUCUUCUUCCAUUGCUCCUGAAGCGUUUCCAUCUGAAGAACUUCACAAUAAGACCCUGGGUCAGCAGCCCUGUAAAUCACAUGUUGAAAUUGAGAAGCCCUAUCUUCCUUCAGUCCCAGAACUUUCUUCUACAGAAAUGAUGAAAGUUAAAAAUCUUAGUGUCCUACAAAGAACAGAAAAGAAAGGGCUAUCCUCUCCAUUAGAAUUACCUGCCUUCUCUGAAGAGACAGAGAGCAAGGGAAAUGAGCCUCCAUCAGCUAAAUUACAGGACAAGCAGUACAUCUCUUCAGUGGAUAAGGCGUCAUUUUCAGAAGGCUCUAGAAGUAAAACACAUAAGCAAGGGAGCACACAGAAUCGAUUGGAGAUCUCGCAUACUUCCAAAUCAUCAGAGCCCUCCAAGUCACCAGAUGGGAUAAGAAAUGAAUGUAGGGAAUCAGAGAUAUCAAAGAGGAAAACUGCAGAACAGCAUAGCUUUGGAAUCUGUAAGGAAAAGAGAGCUAGGAUAGAAGAUGAUCAGUCAACCCGGAACAUAUCAUCCAGUAGCCCACCCGAGAAGGAGCAGCCUCCAAGAGAGGAACCCAGGGUUCCCCCUCUCAAGAUCCAGCUUUCCAAAAUCGGACCACCCUUUAUUAUCAAGAGUCAGCCAGUCUCCAAACCAGAGUCCAGAGCAUCCACUAGCACCUCCGUCAGUGGAGGGAGGAACACCGGAGCCAGGACCCUUGCAGACAUCAAGGCCCGUGCCCAACAAGCUCGGGCCCAACGUGAGGCUGCUGCAGCUGCUGCAGUGGCCGCUGCAGCGAGCAUCGUCUCUGGCGCUAUGGGGAGCCCAGGAGAGGGUGGAAAGGCAAGAACCCUGGCACACAUCAAAGAGCAGACCAAGGCUAAGCUCUUUGCAAAACAUCAAGCCCGAGCCCACCUCUUCCAGACUUCUAAAGAGACCCGGUUGCCUUCGCUCAGCUCCAAGGAAGGGCUUCCAAACUUAGAAGUCUCUUCUACCCCUGAAACAAAAAUGGAAGGUUCCACCGGGGUCAUUAUUGUCAAUCCAAAUUGCAGGUCUCCUAGCAACAAGUCCGCUCACCUCCGGGAGAGCAGCACUGUUUUACAGCAGUCUCUUAACCCCACUCAACUUCCGGAAACUGCCACUGACUUAUCUGUACAUAGUUCUGAUGAAAACAUACCUGUGUCACAUUUAUCCGAGAAAAUUGUUUCAUCUACCUCUUCUGAAAAUAGCAGUAUGCCCAUGCUUCUCAAUAAAAAUCCUGUCCCCGUGUCUGUCUGCAGCGCUGCUAUGUCGGGAGCAAUUAAAGAACACCCCUUUGUGAGUUCUGUUGACAAAUCCUCUGUGCUGAUGUCUGUCGACAGUGCAACCACUACCAUUUCUGCUUGUAAUAUAAGCAUGUUAAAAACCAUCCAGGGAACUGACACUCCAUGCAUAGCCAUUAUACCAAAAUGUAUUGAAAGCACUCCUAUUCCGGCCACUACAGAGGGCGCCGGUAUAUCCAGCUCCAUGGACGAUAAGCCACUGCUCAUACCAAGCAGCAGUGCCACUAACUUAAUCUCCAGUCAGUACACCUCUGUGCCAACUCCCUCCAUUGGAAAUAAUUUGCCAAACCAUCUCUCCACUAGCUCUGUCUUGAUUCCCCCCACGGGAAUUAACAGCAGAUUUCCUUCUGAGAAGAUAGCCAUGCCUGGGAGUGAAGAACAGGCCACCGUAUCCAUGGGUACCACUGUGAGAGCAGCCCUCAGCUGCAGUGACUCAGUGGCAGUCACCGACGCUCUGGUUGCACGUCCGCCUGUCGCAAUGUUUACGGGAAACAUGCUCACUAUAAACUCUUACGAUAGUCCUCCGAAGUUAAGUGCUGAAAGCUUGGACAAAAAUUCAGCGCCUCGAAACAGGGCAGACAAUUCUGGGAAACCUCAGCAGCCACCCGGGGGCUUUGCACCAGCAACCAUAAACAGAUCCAUUCCCUGUAAAGUCAUCGUUGACCACAGCACCACGCUGACCUCCAGUUUGUCACUGACUGUCUCCAUUGAGAGUGCAGAAACCAGCUUGGACCUCCAGAGCAGGUCUGUGAGGACAGAGGUAUCCAUCCAGCCCAUGGCGUGUCCUCAGGUCUCUGUAAUUAGCAGGCCUGAGCCAGUGGCAAGUGAAAGUAUAGACCACAGUUCGAGUUUCAUUGCUGCCUCUGCAGUCAAACAAGACUGUAAAACCCUGCAGGCCCCCUGCACCAGUCUCCGAGAACUGCCCCUUGUUGUUCCAGACAAAUUAAACGAGGUGGCUGCUCCUAGUCAUAGCUUUGCUGAGCAGACCCGGAACCCAACUACUUACAAAAGUGAAGCAGACACAACCUGUAGCAAUCAGUAUAACCCAGGAAACCGGAUCUGCUGGAAUGAGGAUGCCAUGAGGGGCACAGGACAGCCUCUGGUCAGUCACUCUGUUUCAGGUAAACAGAAGGAAUAUGCAGAGCAGAGCUGCCCGAAGGCCAUCAAAACUGAACAUGCCAGCUACUCGCACGUGUCAGAGCUGCACCCCAGGAAUCUCAUAGCAAACGUCGCUCUUCCUGUGAAAUCUGAACCUCACGAAGUGGACAAGGGCUUUAGAAUGGACACCGAAGACUUCCCUGGCCCUGGGCUGCCUCCGCCACCGGUAGAGGUAGCCGCCACCAUACCACAAGCACAGAACCUGGAUGCUCCUUCGUCCAGUGCCAGGGAAGAGGCCAUUUCCCUGGUUCCAGACACCCUGAAAAGAGUUCCGAGUGCAGGAAGCUCAAGCUGUCGUCUGUCAUCCGUGGAGGCUAACAACCCACUGGUGACACAGCUACUGCAGGGCAACCUGCCUUUGGAGAAAGUGUUGCCACAGCCCAGACUGGGUGCCAAGCUCGAAAUCAACAGGCUUCCUUUGCCCCUUCAAACUACCUCAGUGGGUAAAACACCACCAGAGAGGAACAUCGUUGAAAUGCCUUCCAGCUCUCCAAACCCAGAUGGUAAGGGCUACUUGGCAGGGACUCUUGCACCACUACAAAUGAGGAAGCGAGAAAACCAUCCCAAAAAGAGAGUAGCCAGGACUGUAGGGGAACACACUCAAGUUAAAUGUGAACCAGGGAAGUUGUUGGUGGAUCCAGAUGUUAAAGGGGUGCCGUGUGUCAUAAAUUCAGGCAUGAGUCAGCUAGGACACAGUCAGCCAUUUAAGCAAGAAUGGCUGAACAAACACUCCAUGCAGAACAGAAUCGUUCACAGCCCCGAGGUCAAACAGCAAAAGCGGCUGCUCCCCGCGUGUAGCUUCCAGCAGAACCUAUUUCAUGUUGACAAAAAUGGCGGUUUCCACCCUGAUGCUGGUACCUCACACAGACAGCAGUUUUACCAAAUGCCCAUGGCUGCCAGGGGCCCCAUUCCCACUGCAGCUCUCUUACAGGCCUCUUCCAAGCCCGCCGUGGGCUGUAAUGCAUUUGCCUUCAAUAGGCAUCUUGAACAAAAGGGAUUAGGAGAGGUUAGUCUUCCUUCAGCACCCCACCAGCUAAGGCUAGCCAACAUGUUGUCCCCCAAUAUGCCCAUAAAGGAAGGUGAUGACGUGGGAGGGGCUACACACACAAUGCCAAACAAAGCACUAGUGCAUCCUCCACUGCCCCCACCUCCUCCACCCCCGCCCCCUCCACCCUUGGCCUUGCCCCCGCCUCCCCCACCACCACCUCCACUACCUCCACCUCUCCCUAAUGCAGAAGUCCCAUCUGAUCAAAAGCAACCGCCAGUUACCAUGGAAACCACUAAGAGACUUAGUUGGCCACAGUCCACGGGCAUAUGUAGCAAUAUAAAAUCGGAACCUCUUUCUUUUGAGGAAGGUUUAAGCAGCAGCUGUGAACUGGGCAUGAAACAAGUUUCCUAUGACCAGAAUGAAAUGAAAGAACAGUUAAAAGCAUUUGCGCUAAAAAAUGCAGAUUUCUCUUCCUAUUUGCUUUCUGAGCCACAGAAGCCUUUUCCCCAAUUAGCUGCUCAGAAAAUGCAGGUGCAGCAACAACAGCAGCUCUGUGGAAAUUAUCCAACAAUACACUUUGGUAGCACGAGCUUCAAAAGGGCAGCGUCUGCAAUUGAAAAGUCCAUUGGGAUUUUGGGAAGUGGCUCUAGUCCUGCCACGGGCCUGCCUGGUCAGAACGCUCAGAUGCCUGUUCAGAACUUUGCCGACAGCAGCAACGCGGACGAAUUGGAACUGAAAUGCUCUUGCCGGCUGAAAGCCAUGAUUGUGUGCAAAGGCUGUGGGGCCUUCUGCCAUGAUGACUGCAUAGGUCCUUCAAAACUCUGUGUAGCUUGCUUGGUUGUACGAUAAGAGCUGAGUGAACGAUGCAGUAUCCCUUUUUGACACGGAAAAGCCAAACAGCAACCGCAAAUUGAAUAACGUAGUGACUGACUUACAUGCUAAUUUAUUUUACUUUGUAACAGAUAAUCUUUUUUUCAUAGGAUUAUUAUUUUCUUGCAUUUUUUUAUAAUGAGGAGGAUGCCUACCAACUGACUGGCUCGACAGCAUGUUGAGCAUAUUUAAUUGCCAUUCCCAGCUUCAGAAGUUUCUCUCUGUGCAUAUACAGGUUACUGCCCCAUUCCUCCUUCACCCCCUUUGAGCCCAGGUACAGAUAGGAAAAGGACAGUUUUUAUUGCUUCGUCACCAGAAAUGCAAAUGUAGAAAAAGAAUGGUAAAAAAUAAGGUGGACAUGUAUUUUUCUGUCAAUUAGCUAUUACAGCAGGUAUUUCUGUACUUGCCGUUACCACCAUGAUGAAGUCAUUUUUGGAAUGGGGAAUCUGAUUUAAAUGUGUGAUUCCUUGUAUUUAUUCAUAUCACGAAAGAUACAUUAAAGAAGGCAUGCCAUUAAUGAAAUUCACUGUCUCUGUUCUCUUUUCUCCCUUCUUUUACUCUCUCAGAGACAAUGGCAGAAAAUAAGUAUCUGCCGUGAAUUUUGUACACAGAUUUUAGUGAAAUGUGUCCUGUGUCUGAAAUUGCAGCAUGGGCCUCAUACCCAGUAAACUGGAUCUAGCCCUUGGACACCUGAUAAUAUAAGAUCGGUUGGCCAACAUAGAGUCACAGGUCCAGAAAAGUUUGGAGCUUCGUGUAUGACUUUUAACACCA